CCUGUCUGAGGCUGCCCAAACCAGAAAAGCCAGAGUUCCUGCUCAGCCCAGUGGCAUGUCCAUAUCCACCUUUAACCAUGCCAUCACUUGUGGAUUGCACCUGCCCCACUAUGGGCAGUGACUGGGGUCAUGUGCAGGUGCCACACUUCUGCCUGUUUGUUUCUGCCAGUGGCACAUUGAAGGCUUGUCCUCAGAAACACUUAUAUGGAGUACUAGGUUGUCACCUUUCAAAGGUGCCGAUCUCACAUGCAGAAUUGUGGGCAAGACUACAGGGAUACACCUGUCCUCAAGUGUCAGUGGAUCUGCAAUUAGCCUCUGGUAGCAAUGAGGCCAGGCUUAGUGAUUCCUCCAGCAGCUGCAGCUUUGCUGAAAACAUUGAUUCAAGAAACCAGUGGCUGCUCCACAAAGAGCCUGUUACUGAUGGCUAUCUUGGGAGCAAUCCCAAGCAGAGAGAUAAUACUAUUGAGGGGUCAACUACCAGCAGCCAUGCAAGUCAAGUCAGUGGCCACCCUGAGAGCUCCGAUGUCCUGAAAAAGAUUAUCCAAAGAAAACAUCAUUUUACCAAAUGGAGACUAUCAUACCGUAUCCCUGGUUUUCAACUUGAGGUGCAGAGAUACCAGGAACUGAUGGAGAUAUGGAAACAUGAGCUGGAUACAAUGAAAGUGUGAAAGUGUGCCAGGAAAAGUAGCUUUCCUCUUUGAUGAGCAACACCUUGAUAGAAAAUCCAGUCAUGUCCUACCCUAUCCACUCAAGAUUUGUUCUCCAACAGGAUGGAAGACAUUGUUUCAGUCUCAUAUUAUGGUUACUACCUAAGGACACCUAGGCCUGAGACCUUAACUUGGGCACCUCUCAAUUCUCAUCACAUAAAGAAUAAGAUCCGGCAACAACCAGAAGUGAGUAACACACUAAGCCAGACAAGUUUUGCCUCCAGGUAGAAACAGAUAGUAUGAUAGAUGCAAUGUGUUUUGGAGGGCACAUCAGUUUCUGGUCUCAGGAAUUUGACAGUUUCAUCUUGAUUCACUUUACCCUAAACAUUUCACCAGAUAGUUAAUGCUGUGAUGUAACUUCCUGUUACAUCACAUCAGGAGGCAAAGCAUGGACAACUAGUUUGUCCAUCAACAUUAUGGUCACACUGGGAUUGGAUAUUAAGUUAAAUAGUCACCUUGAUCUGUAUCCAAAAGAUACUUUACUUUUUUAUUAUCAAAAAUGUGGAGAGUGGCGAUUGAAGAAUGU